GCUGGUGCGAUCCGCCAAGUCGGAAGGGACGCCCGCCAAGUGCACCUGCCAAGGGCCUGUUCCGCGGUUCAACUGUUGACGUUGAAAAUCGCGGCAAACCAGCGUCAGUGCAUUAUUGUAUUCUUCUUCUACAACAUGACGCAUACGAAGAGAACUGCCUACCCCAAUAACUGAUUGUUCAGGUAGAGAAGCGUGUUGUACGGACGAAUACAAAGUCUGGGCGUGUCCGACACAGGAACCAGUAGUGUCCUCACGGUAAGACUCGCGGCUAGCUUCGGGAUCAACAACAUAAAUUGCUGUAAAAUCCGCUCGAAGACUCAUUUUCCGGCAUUUCCCAUUCAACAACUCCUAUCCAAUCAUGUCCACGUGCCAAUCAAGGAAGGCGGACGUGGAUUACGAUCUACCGUUGCACAUUGGAGCCCUCUUUAUCAUUCUUGGAGUGUCAGCGGGUGCUUGUGCGGUGCCAAUAAUAGCCCUCAGAGUACCCCGACUACGAAUACCAGCAAAUGUACAUUUUGGAUUUAGGCACUUCGGCACUGGGGUUCUCAUUGCCACCGCAUUCGUGCACUUGCUGCCAACGGCUUUUGUAUCUCUGGUCGAUCCAUGUCUUCCGCCUUUCUUCAACCAAGAUUACCCAGCCCUAGCAGGGGCGAUAGCGCUCGCAGCAAUCUUCAUGAUAACGAUAGCUGAGAUGAUAUUCAGCCCCGGUCGCUCUCUCUGCUCGGGUCCAACAUCUGACAACGCACAUGACCUGGGGGCUUUCUCUCAUUCUCGCAGAUCAAGUUCGACAAGAACUCGCCUGGAAAAUGACGACGGUGAAGCGCCAGCAUCAAUCACUCUACAGUUUGGACGCGCCCGCAGCGGAAGAUCUCACAGUAUCAUGAGACAAGUAGAACGGCGUAUCGACGCUUCGUGCGCUGACGGAGAUCAGCCUGCACCUCGAGUGAUCGAGGGUCUAAAUGAUUCAGUCAUUCCGGAGUGCCGCUCCAUCAACCUUCAGACCGGCUUAGAUAAAAAAGAAUCAAAGCAGCAUAGGAAGAAGCUUCUCAUGCAGUGCGCACUCCUUGAAUGCGGCAUCUUGUUCCACAGCGUAUUUAUCGGCUUGGCUUUGGCUGUAUCCACUGGAAGCGAGCAAGUCAUCCUUCUUAUCGCCAUUGCAUUUCAUCAGACCUUCGAGGGGCUGGCGCUUGGAUCUCGCAUUGCUGCCGUCGGAUGGAGACCAAACGCUGUUCGGCCGUGGAUCAUGGCAUUAGCAUACGGUUGCACGACGCCCUUGGGCCAAGCAAUAGGAAUAGCGACGCGGGAUCUCUACGAUCCUAACUCUGCCACGGGUUUGGUGAUUGUUGGCAGCUUCAAUGCUUUCUCCGCUGGGCUCCUCGCGUACACGAGCUUGGUCGAUCUGUUGUCUGAGGACUUCUUGAGUGAACAUAGCUGGAGGACCCUUCGAGGAAACAGAAGAAUUAUUGCCAUGUCUCUAGUAUUCUUCGGCGCGUUUUGUAUGGCUCUCAUUGGGGCAUGGGCAUAAAGGAGAGCCUAUGCAUUUAAUGUGCCCCAGGAAACGCCUUGCUUACCAGAGCUAGUCUACCGACUCUUAAAGUUAGACAAUGUUCGCGGCUGAUGCGGCAUAUAAAGCGUUUAAAGAUGGUUUAGCUCUUGUCAUAGUCUUCAUGAAACCGAGCUCGAGCGAUUCACGCGAUCACCA